AAAGAGCCCGGAUGUUGAGGGUGAAGACGGCGGUGAGGCAGGGACUAUUUCUGACUGAAAACCUGCAAGUUGAGUUUAUCUGCAUUCAUUAGCUGCUUCCAUCUUUGCUCAUGGGAAAAUGUCGGAUUUGGGGAAAGAAUUGGUCGUUCAAUGUACUGAUGUUCGAAAAUCACAAUCAAGGAAAGUACCAGAACUCCCCAUCUUUGAAAGACGGAACUGGCUGAUACAUUUGCAUUAUAUCAGAAAGGACUAUGAAACCUGUAAGACAAUAAUCAAAGAACAGCUGCACGAGACCCAUGGGAUGUGUGAAUAUGCCGUGUAUGUACAAGCUUUGAUAUUCCGUUUGGAAGGAAAAAUUCAAGAGUCUCUUGAGCUCUUUCAGACUUGUGCAAUACUAAAUCCUCAGAAUGUGGACAACCUGAAACAGGUGGCUCGAUCGCUGUUUCUGCUUGGGAAACACAAAGCAGCAAUUGAAGUUUACAGUGAAGCUGCAAAAUUAAACGAAAAGGAUUGGGAGAUCAGCCACAAUCUCGGUGUCUGCUUCUUGCAUUUGAAGAACUUUGAGAAGGCUAAAGAAUAUCUGAACUGUGCUUUACAAACCAGCCGUCAUGAUCUGACUUUCAUGGUCCUCGGGAAGCUACACUUAAUGGAGGGAAAUACCCAAAAUGCAAUUGAAACAUAUAAGAAAGCAGUGGAGUUUUCUCCCGAAAAUGCCGAGCUUCUGACUACAUUGGGGUUGCUGUACCUGCAGCUUGGAAUGUAUCAGAAAGCCUUUGAACAUCUAGGAAAUGCACUUACCUACAACCCCAAUAAUUACAAGGCCAUCCUGGCUGCAGGCAGUAUGAUGCAGACUCACGGUGACUUUGAUGUUGCUCUGAGUAAGUACAGAGUAGCAGCACAUGCUGUCCCAGAAAGUCCACCCCUGUGGAACAACAUUGGAAUGUGUUUCUUUGGCAAGAAGAAAUAUGUAGCAGCUAUCAGCUGUUUGAAGCGAGCCAACUACCUGGCUCCCUUUGAUUGGAAGAUUCUCUAUAAUCUGGGCUUGGUGCACUUGACAAUGCAGCAAUAUGCGUCAGCAUUCCACUUCCUGAGUGCUGCCAUCAACAUGAAGCCGAGAAUGGGCGAGUUAUACAUGCUGCUGGCUGUGACAUUAACCAACCUGGCAGAUCCUGACAAUGCAAAGAGAGCCUACAACCAAGCUGUGAGUUUGGAUCAGUCAAACCCACUGGUGAACUUAAACUAUUCAAUUUUACUGUACAAUCAAGGUGACAAAAAGGGAGCCCUUCACCAAUAUCAGGAAAUGGAGAAGAAGAUCAAUAAACUGAAAGCCAGUAGUAACAUGCCAGAGUUUGAUCCAGAGCUGGUAGACAUGGCUCAGAAGAUGGGAGCUGCUCUUCAGGUCGGGGAGAAUCUGGUCUGGACUAAACCAGCAAAGGAUUCCAAAUCAAGAGAGCGUCCAGCACCAUCCAGUAAAUCCACCACCAACCAACAACCGCUGGGCUCUAACCAGGCCCUAGGUCAGGCUAUGUCAUCAGCUGCAGGGUAUAGCAAAACAAUGCAGCUCUCUGCAGGUGGAUGCCCAAUCCGAACACAGAAACCUCCAUCAUUACCCUUGGAACCAGAGUCCACUGUAGAUGCGGGCACUGAUGACCUGAACAAAAAGCGAGAACUGAGACUAUUACAUGCUCAUCAUCUAUUACAAAUUGUGUUAUCACCUGAACAGGUAUUGCAAAUACAAAAUGAAUCUUUAAAAUGGAACAGCCUUCUGAGCAAUGGAUUAUAAGGUGGCUACAAUGUUACACAACCAAAUCUGUUUCUUCUCAUGUUACAUGUUCUCCUCACUCUGAGAAAACAUCGAAUCUCUAAGGGCAGCUUCUCUGCAUGGGUUGUGAAGUGUACUUCUGAUCAAACGGAUGAAAAUAUAUAGAACUGAAUUCCCAAUCUUGUCUGUUUGCAAAUACAAAAUGAAUCUUAAAAAUAGAACAGCCUUCUGAGCAGUUUGCAACUGUCACCACAGAACAGAAAUCAUGUUAGACUGAGACUGAUAGAGUAAUUUCAAUUUAAUUGCAUUAUUCUUAUCUUUAGUGUGUAAAUCAAGUCUGAACAGGUGAGCUAAGUUGUUUGGUGCAUUAUUGUAGCCUCUGCAUUAUCGCCAGAAAUACGGAGAAGUUUCUGAAGAUCAUUAUUUACUGCUUUUACUGGAAUGGUUAAACCCAGGAGCAAACAUUUAUCCAGUCAUUCCUGUUAAACUGGAAUAAUACUGGAGUUUCAAAGCUCUGUUCUUUUUAUCCCCUACCAUUCUUGAAAACCUGUAAUGAUGGUUAGGGGUAUGAUGAACAACAACUCUUUGCUGUCUUAGUAUUCAAAAGGAAUUGGUGAAAACGCAAUUCAAUAUCUAAAACAAAGUGGGAAUACUGGUGAAACUCAGCAGGUCUGGCAGAGUCUGUGGUGAGAGAACAAGAGCUCAUAUUGUGAGAGCAGUAUGACUCUCCUUCAAAAUUCCAAAAUUGAGAGGGGAAAUGCUGAUCUGCAGCACAAAAUUUGCAUUCAGUUUUUCUUUUGCCCUGAUCCCUCUACAGCAAAUCCCAGCUGAUUCCCAAUAUCCCCUUUAUUAGGGCACAUUUCCAAAGGUGCCGACAUAAAUAUUGGCAAGAUAUUCCCCAUACAUUUUUCAGCAAACAAGCUUUGGAUAAUAGCAAUGAGGUG